AGCUCCAUCCCACCUCGGAAAUACCAACCAGGUGCUGCAGCUCCUUCCUGCCCUGCUCUCCACUCGUAUCCACGGGCUUUUCCCACGAAGCUUCAUCGCUUCCACUGCUGCGAUGUGACGGGAAGAAACACGCAGUAACCACCAGCGAUGUCCAUCCAGUGAGUGAAACCCUCCCGUCGGUACCCUCAGCCCGUGUACCCGGCUUGCAUGGCUCUGUGUCGGUCGGCCGGACAAUAGCCAGCCCGCCUGCCCGCUGCAGCAGGAGCAGCAGCAGCAGCAGCAGCAGCAGCUUCUUCUCCUCCUCCUCCUCCUCCUCCUCCAGCCGAGGGAGCUUUCUGAGUGUUCCUGCCCAGGAUCCCUGCAGCACUCUCCGCCGCUCCAAAUGGCUGGACACGAGUGGGAAGACUGGUUCGAGCGGGAGGAAUUUAUCGGACAGAUCAGCGACAUCCGAGUGCAGAACCUGCAAGUUGAAAGGGAUCUGGUUCAGAAGAGGACCUUCACCCGAUGGAUGAACCUGCAUUUAGAAAAGUGCAACCCGCCUAUUGAGGUCAACGACCUUUUCCGGGACAUACAGGAUGGACACAUCCUCAUGGCCCUGCUGGAGGAGCUCUCUGGCUGCAAGCUGCUUCAUGGGUUCAAGAAGUCCUCCCAUCGUAUUUUCAGACUCAACAACAUCGCCAAGGUCCUGUCUUUCCUGGAGGAGAGAAACGUAAAGCUUGUCAGCAUCGAUGCAGCUGAUGUGGCUGAUGGAAACUCCUCCAUCAUCUUGGGACUCAUCUGGAACAUAAUCCUCUUCUUCCAGAUUAAGGAGCUCACUGGGAACAUCAGGAGCCAGUUCCCAUCCUGCUCCAGCCUAUCAUCCAUCCCUACUAGCUCUGACUCUGACACCUCCUACUGCAACACCCCUUUAGAUGAAAGACAGUCGGCAUCCACGGCCAUGCGAGAACACGGCAAGGCCAUUAAGAAACUACUGCAGUGGGUACAGAAGCGAACACGCAAGUAUGGUGUGGCAGUGCAGGACUUUGGGAAGAGCUGGACAAGUGGUCUGGCCUUCCUUGCUGUCAUUAAGUCCAUUGACCCCAGCCUGGUGGACAUGAGGAAGGCACUGCUGAGGACUGCCAAGGAGAAUUUGGAGGACGCCUUUAGGAUAGCCCACUACAGCCUGGGUAUCCCACGCCUACUGGAGCCUGAGGAUGUGACCAUCAAUGCACCAGAUGAGCAAUCCAUAAUGACUUAUGUGUCACAGUUCCUGGAGCACUUUCCUGGCAUAGAGGAGCCAGGGGAGCCCUGCCAGCUGAUUGAACGAAGUAUCUCCAUGGGCCGACUCAACUUCCGAGACAGUGACUCCAACCACAUAAGAAAUGGCGCUCACCGAGGCAGGGUGAAGGAGAGGUCCUACAUGUUCCAGAGAGCCUCUGGCCACCCCCCACCCAAAAUCUUAAUUUCCUCUGUGUCGGAAGACAGGAGCGCCAUGUCACCCCGAGUCAGGCCGGCCGCAAAACGCUCGUGGUCCAGUGAGGACUUCUUAGCAGAUUCCCCCCACAUGGAAGACAUUUCCAGUAGUGUGGCUGAAGAGCCCAAAGACUCUGCCAAUGAGGUGCUAGCCAGCUCAGCCUCCACCUCCCCACAGCUGUCUUACACUAACUUGCCCACAGGCUCAUCAGCGCCCGAGUCUGUAAACACUGAGUCACUAAUUGGCGACUCAGCAAUCAGCUCACCGGACUCCUGGGUGGACAGUGACUUUGGGGGGAUGCCAGAGAAGUUUUGCGAAAGCCGAAGUGACAGUUCUUUGUGUGACAGUGGAACAGCCUGGGAUGUGUAUCGUGCCACCCCUGUGGAGGUCACAGCUUUUGAUGAAGGGUUUGUUCCAUCCACAGAGGAUAGAGCCUCUGAUGAGCAGUCGAUUACUGAGUCAUAUAUUGAUGAAGGGAUUUACUCACUGAGCUCACUGGAGAGCACCCAGGAAAGAAUCCAAGGGCAUUCUGAGAAAAAGCAAGUGGAAGUAGUAAAAGAGAAAGAGACAAACCUCGAGAAGAGCAACCAGGACAUAGAUCUAGAAAAGGCACCUGAUCAAAGCAAAGCUAAGAAUACAAAAGAAGUAGACUCUAAACAAAAGGAUACAAGUCAGAGCAGAAAGCCAGAGCCUUCUGUAGGACUGUGUGAUGCAAAAGAUCAGACCAACUCUGGUGUUGAAAAUCUCCUUGAAGCUGACAAAUCUAACCAAUCCCAACCCAAUGGAACCAGUGUUGAAGAGAGCACUUACAAAGAACCGGAAGGUUUAAAGAAAGCUGUGGACUUAAUUGGGGAUGCACAGGACCACGAAGGAAAUAAUAAUGGUCAAACUGAAAGUCAGAACAAGAGAAAUAACACUGAGUUUAAAGUGGAAACUGAAUGUCAGAAAAAACAUUCUUUGUCAGGGGACAGAAGAGGGGAGUCAAGAGAGGAGUCAGAGAUUUUAAAGAAAAAGGGUGAAUGUGCUGUCGAAAAGAAAGAUGAAGCAAGUGAAGGAGUUCUAAGAGACGACCUAGAUCAUCAAGAAAGCUUUAGUUCAGAGACAUUAGCAAACACACAUCCAAACAACCAAGACAGAGUUUCAAAAACAAAUCUGGACCCGAGCACAGGCAUAAAUAUUCCUCUGAUCUCUAUUUCCAGUGAGCCAGAAAAGCAGGACAGAGAGGGGUUGUGUGACCCAGAAAGACAUGCCCAUGCUGGGGAUGAUGAGGUACAUCAGGCAGUGGGAACUGACACAGAUGUCAGCAGCCCUCAAAACCUACAUGAAGUGAGCUGUGACUCCAAUGACAAUGUUGACAAAACCUCUGUUGAGAUUUCUUCCUGCUUGGUAUCAGAAAAUGUUGAACCGACAGCGUCAGAAAAAAUAAGCGGCAUAGAAAGUGGACAUUUAGAUGAACAUGGUAUCAGCAGAUCAUCAAAUGCAGACAUAUGUGGGCCAGACAGAAGCGAUAACAUGGAAAUAAAUGAAGCCAAACAGGAACGUAAGUCUGCUCACCACGACUCUCAGACAAGUAACACUGGGACGGACUUGCCUCCUCAGACUUCUUCUGCAGAUGCUAAAUCUCAACCUGUCAAUACUGAGCAGGAAACAGACUCAAAUGAUCAACCAGAUGGACACCUGGACAAACUGGGUGGCACCUUUUCUGACAACUCGAAACCCAAUGGUACAACAGGGAUUUUAUGUAGAAUGUCUAGAGACAUGGACUUGUUUUAUACAGACUUUGAUCAGAAUUCUGCCUCAGAGGAUCUAGUUGGUGACCCUGUUGAACCCAUGGAUCUGUUCUACCCUGACAAAGAGGAGCCCAUGUUUGCAGAGCCACCUGAUACUGAAAUGCAGAGUUGGCCUUCAGUUUUGAGUGUAUCUGCUCUCCAGCCAGCACCAGCUUCAGAGAUUCAACCUGACCAACCACUCAUCCUCUUGGAUGAAGACUUCAGGAACGGACUGAAUUCAAAUGACAAGGUGAUCAGUAAGACCAACCUGGAGACAGACAAAGCAUCUAAAUCCCAGGAACACUGUUUGUUGCCUGGAAAGAAGAUAGAAGGACUCUGGGGUGCUGAUGCUCCGGCAGACGACCGUGAUCUCAGUGGGGCUGAGCAACAUAUCUCAGGCUCUGCCAGGGAAAACACAGAGCCUGUGAGGUGUGACAGUAAAAGUUCCAGCAGACAGGAUGAAAACCAGAUCCCUCCAGUUCUCCGCCACAGAAAGGGGGCUCGCUUCACUCAGUCCAUGGACAAUCAGACAGCUAUGACUGCAGCAACCAGAGACGCUGACAAUGCUGACUCUGAUUUUUGGUGGAAUGAGAACUCGGAGCUGUAUCUGCUGUUGCUGCUGUGGCUGCUGCUGUACUGUUUCUGGCUACUGCCACAGAUGGACCUGAAGACACUGCCCAGCCUGCUGCUGAACCUCAACCACUGAACACACACUUUCUGUUUUACACACACACACACACACACAUACAAACAUAGUUACAGGAAAAAAAAACAGAAUUUUGUCAGAUAUAUAUACUUUGAUGCACCAUCACCAAACAUGUACACAAACACACACAUACAGCUCAACUGCCACUCUUCUUUCUGCAUCACACUGACUGUACUCCAGAUCAAGUGAAGGCAUUUAAAACAUGUUUAUUUCAAACUACUAGAGCUUUCUUAGGUUUUUGCUUUUUAGCUUUUGAUGUGGCUUGAAGUAAUCUGUACGACAGUGUGUCAGGGUCACUGCUGGGGAAAAAAUGAAGUCUGAGAUUUGAAAUAAAACAUUAUAAUACUUCGAGAAGAAAAUAUCAAGACAAUAAAAUAGUAAUUUUACAAGAUCAAAAGUCAUAAUGUUCCAAGUCUAAAGUCAUAAUGUUACAUACAGUCAUUAUUUUGAGGAAAAAAAAUGUGUUAGGAAAAUAAAGUAGUAAUUCUAAGGAAAAAAAUUACAAGAAAAAUGUUACAAUAUUACAACAUAAAAUGUUAACAAUAAAGUUGUGAGAUUUUGAGAAAAAAGUAAUAAUAUUUUGAGAGUUAAGUCGUAAAUUUACAGAAAAAAAAGUCACAUUAAAAGGAAAAACCUUGUUUCAUUACAAGUUAGGUUUACUUGUAGAAAAGUGAUACAUAUUUAGAAUAAAGUCAUUCUGUAUUGAGAAAAAAAUCAAUGUUAUGGAAAUACAAUUCUGAGGAAAUGUCAUAAUAUUACAAGAAAUAACUUCCUUGUUAAAUCAAGACACAUUCUCAUAAUAUGUCAAUUUAUUAGUAAACUACAACUUUAUACUUUAAUACUAAGACUUUUCUUAAAAAGUUUUAACUUUAUUCUGCAUACAUUAACUAUUUACUCAUGAAAUAAUAGCUUUAUUUGUGGAACAUAACUUUUCUUCAGUAUUACUAUUUUCCUCUUAUAACAUUGCCAUGUUUCUGAAAAUAUUCCAGUUUUAUUCUGAAAAUCACCUGACAAUGGCCCUGAUAUCCUGUUGGAGCUCUGCUCCCAUUUUAAAGACACGACAGAAGUGUAGAAGCUAGUGGUUUAUUGCUGUGCAAAGCCGACAGAGCUGACAUUGUAAGACAAUAUGACUGUACAGCACUCUGUGAUUUGUAGAUAGACAUAUAUACUAUGGAUUUAUCUGAAUAGCCAUUUAACCAAGAUGAAGAUGUUAAAAGUAAAAGUACUUUAGGCUGAUAAUAAAAACUGGAGAUAGUGGAGCUGAAGCAGGAAAAUGAAAAUAAGAAUAUAUAUGAUACAGCCGGGCUUUUUGAGCAUAUAUACCUGUACUAUUGUAAAGAUAACUCAUCAGUAUGAAUGAAGGGGAAUUUUGAUCUGUUGCACUUUUGGAAAAUAAUAAAAACUGCCAAAGAUAGUGGUGGAAGUGCUCAUACAGAAAGUACACAACUCACCAUAAGCUCAGUAGUGGAAAUGUUUUUAACACAUACAAAGUCUAGUAUAACUCUACUCACCCCAGCUCUAUAUUGUAUCAUAGUUGAGGCAGAAUAUGUAUUUGUAAUAUUUUAUGGCUCCUAAUGGAUUUUUAAAAAGUUUUAUGACAAAGAAAUGUUUUAUGUGAUUGAGCUAUGCUUGAGCUUGUCCAUGGAAAGAGAAUGCUUUACAAUGAAAUAUCUUUCUACAUGUUAUUUUUGAACAAUGUCUGUAAUGAAGCACUAUGACAAAGCAAGCAUCCUUCAUUCUUCAUCAUUCUUCCACACCAGCUGACCAGGUCUCUGUUAACUCUGGAUACAAAUACAGCUCCUCCACCCACUGACUGUGGGGCAGCAAAAAGCAUUCAUUCCAGCUCAGUACAAAGUGGGUCAGCCUUAUAGCACACUGUAUUAUAAUCACAUCUCAAAGAGUGUGUGUGUGUGUGUGUGUGUGUGUGUGUGUGUGUGUGUUUGUGUUUGUGGAUGUGUUUUUGUACCUUUAUCCUUGUGAGAACUGGAGCUGUGUCCCAAUUCCAUACUAUUUACUAACUGUUGUCCUAGUAUAUGUUUUACCAGAACUAUAGAAAAAGUCUGUGUACUUUUGCACUGUUGGAAAAUUAUGCAAUAUGUGCACCAACAAACGUCCAUGAAUUUUUGGAAUACCACUGUCAAGUACCUUCAAAUUAAAAGUACUUCGUAGGAAAACUAAUGCAAUACACUGAGAGAUUUGCUGAUACUUUGAGUAUGGACUUUUCGAAACUGCUGAAAAUGGUAGCUGGACAGCAUUACAUUUCAAUUUAGUUAGAAAUUUUAAUGUCCAUGAUGUGGAAAGAUGUCUUUGGCUUUGCCUCUAGAAACAGUGAAUGACAAUAGAAACAGUAAAAACAUUGGAAGAGCUUCAAAAUAUAUUUGCUUCCACAAAUUAGCAGAGGUGGAACCAAGUCAUUGUUUGCAAGUCACAAGUAAAGGCCCACACACACCAAACCAACAUCAAAGAACUAGUGGCAACAAAGGCUGACUGUUAUGUCGACCCAUGUCGCCUGUGUCUCGGCCCAAAAUUUUUACUUGAACACAUGGCAAAACUACAGCCAACAGCCCAAUAGCAUGCACAUACUGCACCAGCGUGAGAGGAAAUAACUUAUCGUAGCAGCAGGCAGUGGAAGGCUAUAUUUGUCAUCAAAAGAGGGAAACUGGAAGACAGAUGAGAUGAAUUCAAGAUGCUAAAUAGCCAGUUAGCACAUCAACAACACAAAAUGAUAGUGAAAAAACAAAGGAUGUUUACAGUGCACUAUAGAACAAUAACGAACAAUUAUGAACUGUUUCUGCUAAAAAGCUAAAUGGCUAAACAAGUUUGUUUCGAUCUCCUGCCCCUUUACUGUAGUUGUCAGUUUGCGUUCUUCACUUGCGUUUGUCCACUGAGCUGACCAGCCAAUCAGAGUGAUUUCAUUAACCAACGGGCUCUGCCAUCUCCGAUGUCAAAUCACCUUGCUUAAUCGGCCAGAAAGCCAACAGGGGCUGACCAGUGCCCACACUGUGGGGCACACUGCAAAGACCAGGGCGACAGAUGCUAACCUACUGCCCAACACUGACCAACUGCCGACUAUUGGCUUGGUGUGUCAGGGUGUUAACUAUCAAGUCUUUGUAUUCAAGUCCCAAGUCAAGACCCAAAUCAAUGCAGGCAAGUCCACAGUCAAGUCCCUUGUUAAGACCAACAAGUCCCAAGUCAAGUCUCAAGUUCUAAACUUUGUGUUUUGAGUCCUAAACAAGUCAUAAUGCGCUCUUCACCAUAAUGCCAUAAUAUUAACCAACUAAUGAUAUAUUCAAUUUACAAAAAUCAUGAAUGCUUUUUUAAUUUGUGUUGAGUGUCAAAACAAGUUGGUUGGAAGUUGCUGCGUCUCCGUCUGUAAUUUUUGACCUGCACAUUUUGCAAUUACUUUUUCGCUGACCACCGUAUAGUUUUUGUACUGUAUUAUUUUAUUAGUUCUUAAUGGUUCUCUCCUGCAACUUGACUGGAUGCUGUUGGAUAGGUUCAAACAAAGUGGAUGUUGGGAAUCAAAUGUUGACUUGCUGGGAAUUAAUAGUGUUAAUGUUAGUCGAUUCAGGAAAUGAAGGGAAAAUAAUUGAUUUGCGGCACACUUUUUCAAAAAACAUACUUUUUAAUCUGUGGGUUUGGGGGAAGGUAUUAAGUAUUUUCAAGUCAAAGGCUCAAGUACAGGUGAAGUCAUUGGUAUUAGAGUCUGAGUUGAGUUGCAAGUCAUUUUUGACUUUAAGUCAUCAAAUUUGUGACUCAAGUCUUACUCAAGUCCAAGUCAUGUGACUCGAGUCCACACCUCUGCAAAUUACUUUAUAAAUGUACUGUCUAGGGGACAGGCUUGUAAACAUCAGCUGGGCUCAGUCUGCAUAUUGAUUCAGCUGGAUAGACUACAUACUUGGUAUUUAGUGUGGAAACAGGACACAUCUUAGUUUGACAGGAAUUUUAGUCAGUCCUCACUUCAACCAAGGGCUAGUUUAGUUUUCAGGUGUAUCUGCAGCUGUAAUUGUUCCCUGCAAUGUCUAUUGUAAGAUGUGAAAUAGACUAGAAUUUCAGGUGUUACAUUCAUGCUAAAAUUAAAACAUAUUCAUGUAUCAUUUGGAUGGUGACAAAACAAAGCUGGUGAUUGUGAGAUAUGUUCCUCUGUCAAACCUGGCUAUGUUGAGAUCAAAACAUGAUGAUUACAAUCAUCUCAUGAUCCCAGUUUUUAAAAAAAACAGAAAAAAAGGGCAGCCUUGGUCUUUACAAAUUUAGAGUUAAGGUUAAAAUUGACAUACUGUGCAUUAGGUAAGAAUGAAAAACAAUUCAACAUUUUUUAUAGGUUUAGGAUUUAGAUAAGAAUUAGGUCUGAGUUAGGGCAAGGGUUAAUCUAUGCUUACAGUGGAACUUACAGUUACAGUUGCGUGCAAACGUUUGGGCACCCCUGGUCAAAAUUUCCUGUGUAUAGCUAAGCAAGUAAAAGAUGACUUGAUUUCAGUAUUUCAAGCAAGAUUAUUUUUUAUUUAAAUUUUUUACAGUUUCAAAAUAACAAAAAAGAAAAACGGCCUGAAAAGUUUGUGCACCCUGCAUUGUCAGUACUUAGUAGUGCCCCCUUUGGCAACUAUCACAGCUUAUAAACGCUUUUGUAGCCAGCUCAGUCUUUCAGUUCUUGUUUGGGGACUGUUUGCCCAUUCUUUCUGCAAAAGGCAUCUAGUUCUGUGAGAUUCGUAGACCAUCUUGCAUGCUGAUGAUCGAUCCACCCCCGUGUUAAACAGUUGGACAGGUGUUCUUUUCAUGAAAUUCUGCACCUUUUUUUCUCCAAACAUACCUUUGCUCAUUGAGUCCAAAAAUUUCUAUUUUAACUUCAUCAGUUCACAGGAGUUGUUUCCAAAAAGAAUCAGACUAGUUUAGAUGUUCCUUUGAAAACUUCUGACACUAGAAUUUUUUGGUGAGGACACAGGAAAGGUUUUCUUCUGAUGACUCUUCCAUGAUUGUCAUACAGUAUUUGUACACGUGUCACUGCACAGCAGAACAGUGCCCCACCCCUCGAAAGCCUGCUAAAUCUUCCUGCAGGUCUUUUGCAGUCAGAUGAGGGUUUUGAUUUGCCUUUCUAGCAAACCUACGAGCAGCUCUCUAGUUUUCUUUGUCUUCCAGACCUCAGCUUGACCUCCACAAUUCCUGUUAACUGCCAUUUCUUAAUUACAUUAUGAACUGAGAAAUACUUCGCUGUCUUCUUGUAGCCUUCUCCUGCUUUGUUUUUAUAAAGCUUUGAAAUUUGCAUCACAUGGCCUUUUCUAACGAUGACUGUCAACAAGCCAAUUAAGGUUUGAGAUCCUGGUGGAAGUUGUCUGAGAGUUCAGACGUCUCAGAUGCCCAAACAUUUGCAUAGUGUUCCUUUCCUUUUUUCUCUCUAAAAUUGUACAAAACAAAAAUUAAUACAAUGAUCUUGCUGAAAAUGUUGAAAAGCAUGUUUGAUCUCUAACGUCAUGCCUUUUGAAGAUCAGCACAUCUUCUACUCUUUUAAAUAUUCACAGUAAAAUAACUUUUGACUAAGGGUGCCCAAACUUUUGUAUGCCACUGUAAAAUGAGAAAAAGGAUUAGAUUCAGGAGGCUCAAUGUGCAAGAAAACGUGAUCAAGUGCCCUCUAGGUUUGGAACUGUUUCACAAUAAAUGCAUCAACUUACUGCAAGCUGGUGCCCUCUUUAUUUAUUUAUUUUUGCCUCUGCCUCUCAGACAGCCUGAGACUGCAACUGCUGGGUAAAGUCACUCGCUGGUCAGAGUCCUAAAACACUAUGGUAGUCCCUCAGAGUCUGGGAUUGGACUUAAGGACAAAAGGAUGAUAGUUUAAGGUCUUUACAAGGAUACAGUAGACUGUGUGACUGUGUGUGUGUGUGUUUGUGUGUCUCCAGUGACCAUGGCCAUCGUACCAUACUAGCCUCCCCUACCACCAAAACACUGAAAGGCCUGACCUAGUAAAAUUAUAUUAGCUUUUGUAUUGGAACCUCUAUUGUUGUAAUUGUUUCAGCAGCACCAGUCAAGUGCAAUAAAAAACCCUGUCUCUUC